UCGUUGUGCAUAUAGAUCCAACAUCCAGAUUUGUGGGCAAGGAAGUAAGUUAGAUCGUUGUGCAUAUAGAUCCAACAUCCAGAUUUGGAUUGAAAAAUGAGGGAACAGAGAAGAGACUACUGUUGGUUGCCUCAGACACUUGCAUUUCAGUGAGGAAAAGAUGAAGUUUAGCAGAGGAGAGGUGGUGUUUCACAUUGAAAAUUAGAUCUAAGGCCAUGAAUGUUGCAGAAGUUAAUGAAGAAAAAUAAAGGGGGAGUGGCAAAAUAUUUAGUCAGUGUCAAUUGACAAGUCGUCGCUUGGCCUACACACUAGGCAUAUGAUAUGUAUUGCCUCCUACUGCCUGAGAAAAACUCCCUGGGAGAAAAUAACUAAUUGGCAACUCAGAGGUGUUGCAGUUCAAAGUUUUUAUAGAUAAAAUGGUCUCUUUUAUUUAUUUUUUUUAUUAAUUAAUUAUUUUUUUUAUUUAUUUUUUUUUUUUGUGAGAGGAAAUUAUCUUGUUGGAGAUUAUUUUGUGUCCUUUCCUAAAACCCUGCUUGAAGCUUUACCAACUUGCAAAAUUGCUUGUGCAAAUCAUGAUGAACAAUGUCAAAAAAAGUAUACAUGUCAGGAUAACUUACUGAAAAUUGUGGAAUCAUAAGUUAGGCUUUGAUUGCUGAGAAAUCAGCCAAGAAACAGGAGUCACCUUACAUACAGUGCAAUGACAAGUGUCUGAAUAUAAGGUGAGUGGGGAGCAUGAUACACUCCAUACAAAUAUGGUGGGGCAAGGCCUUCCAAAGUUAAGAGACAAGACAUUAGUAAUUAUCAGGUAGGAGUUGGAAAAAAAAUCCAACAAUUACAGCAAAACAAAUUAAGGAAAAGAACAAAGGUCUACUACAGGGAUCAGCUGUACGAACUCUACAGAGAAUCAUCCAAAAUAAACUGAAAUACAGUAAAGUGAAACCCAGAAGUAAGCAUAUGGUGACAGAGGCUCAUAGGAUGAAGAGCUUUACCUUUGCCAAAAAAUAUUUGUCAUGGACUCAAGAAGAGUGGAGAAAGGUCUUGUGGACAGAUGAAUCAGUUUUUUCAUGGUAGUGAGACGAAAGGCAUAAAGGUGUGGUGUUGCAAGGGCUCAAACCUGUGUGACCCUUGCUAUACCACUAAGAUCUCAAAGCAUUUGCAUAUGGUGGUGUGGCUGAUCUGCCAUCACUGAAGAUGUGUACCUGCACCUUUUAAGCAGGAAACUAACUGGCAGAUUGCUUUGGAUUGAGAGGUACAGAGAUCUUGCAUUAGGAUGGCAUGCUGUGCAACACUACCAAGAUGGUAAAGAACUGGUUCAGGAACAGCAAGAUCAAAAUGAUACCUGACUGGCCACCAAACAGCCCUGACAUACUACUCAUUGAGAAGCUCUGGGCUAUCCUCAAAAUGAAAAUAAAAGAAGACACUUUCACACUGGAGAAGUGAGAGGCUGCACUUCAUCAGGCCUACACCACCAUACCAUUGUCAGCUCUGCAAAAAAAUUGCAGAUUCAUUGCCUGACUGCCUUGCAAAAAGUGCAGAAACACAAAUGGUCAACCCAUGAACAAAUAGAAAGUUAGUAAGCAAAGCUUCAUAUAUAAUGUUAUACUCGAUGUACUUUGUUAUUAUCAAUAAGAGAAAUCACAUUCUUUGUGUUGUUUUUGCUGUAGAGUCAAUACCAGAAGAGCAGUCUGACCUGGGGAGACUUGUGGUCCCAUCCCCUGACAGGAACUCUGAGGCUGGUGUAUGUCGCCAUGUUGAAUUUGAAUUUCAAGUGAAGGGUGUGCUUUUAUUAGAUAAAAACCUCUUUUGUGGUAAGAUGAUCAUGAUCAAGGAGGAGGAUGUAGAUGUGCAGAUCAAAGAAGAGGAGCUUGAGGUAGAACAUGAAGCCACAUUUUUCGUUGAGAUGGAAGGGAUGUAUUGCCAACAAGAGAAAAGAUCUCUGUCCCCCCCCCAUCAUGAGAAUAUUCAAGGCUCCAAAAGACAGUGGCCAGAUGUGGAAGGAUGCUUGAAUGAACAAACUAUGGGCUGGUGUAGGAAUAGCUCCGGACAACACACCAAUAGUACUGAAUCUACCACCUUUGGUCACUCAGUAAAUAAUACAAGGAACACACAGCAGCUUACCACCCAGACAAAACAGGUGGUGAUGAACGUCCAUGACUUCUUUCGCAGCCAAAACCAGCUGCUAAGUGAAACUGACCUUGAAAUGAAAGUAGCAGCAGCCACAGGAAUUUCAGUGCGUUCAGUGCAGCGUGUUAAAAGGCAAGCCAAAGAGGGUAGGCUUCUUUCACCCCCUUUGGUCAGGACCCGACAGUCCCCAGUGUUAGGUAGUAUUGAUGAUUUUGUUGAAGGGUGCUUAAGAAAAGAAAUUCUGUCCUUUUAUGAAAGAGGUGAAAUACCUACAUUAGAUGCUCUCCUUGAAAUGGUCAAAGAGCCACCUGUACAUUUUCAGGGUGGGAGGACGUCCCUUCAUAGAAUUAUCAAGAAUAUUGGUUUUCAGUACACAAGAGUAACAGGGGGAAGACAAAUAUUGAUUGAAAAAAAGGACAUUGUUGCUUCUCGAUGCAAUUUUCUAAGGGUUCUUGAUGAUAACAGAAAUUCUAGUAGCCCACGUUCAGAAGUGUAUAUAGAUGAAACUUUUGUGUGCCAAAAAGAAUUUGUAGGAAUCAUUGGUCCUAAACUGAAAAAUAAAAAGGAAAUGCAGUACAUUAUUGUGCAUGCUGGUGGGGAAAAGGGUUUUGUUUCAGGAGGAUUACAUAUGUUCAGGCCUCAGAUAACUAACAGGGGACACUAUAAAGAUGCAGUGACACCUCAGUGUUUCCAGAUUUGGUUUAAGGAUCAACUACUUCCAAAUAUUCCUAAUAAUUCACUUAUUAUAAUGGAUGAUGCUCACUGGCAUUCCAACAUUGUAAACAAAGCCCCAGAUACAAAUAUGAAAAAAGAUUGUAUUAUUCAGUGGCUACAAGAAAAUAAUAUUGCCCCUGACAAAGCUGUUUCCAAAUUAGAACUUCUUCACAUAGUGAAUUCUUAUACGGAAAAGUUAUAUGACAUUGACCUAAUAGCUAAAAAUUGUGGACAUGAAGUGUUGAGACUUCCUCCUCAUCAUGAUCAUUUGAACCCAAUGGUCCUCAUUUGGCAUCAGGUAAAAUCAGAAAUAAAAAAGAAAUCUCAAGAUGGUAAAAAACUCCAAACCCUAGAUGAAAUCAUAAAAGAUGCAGUUGCCAAUAUAACUGAAAAAGACUGGAGGAUGUGUAUGCAUCGCACUAGAGAAAUGGGAGAACAGUACAAGAAUAAGGACAAGGCAGUGAAAUGUAUGCUUGAAAAAUUGACCCUAAACUUGGAUGAAUCUAGUACAGAUGAAGAGGAUUAAUUGUAUUGGAUGAUGUAGAGAUUGUAUUAUUGAUCUCUGAAAAACGUUGGAUGGAUUUUCUUCAUUAGGUUAGUAUGUUCAUCAUGGACUAUUUUUAUACUUUGUCAUUAGACUUGAUUAAAAUGGUGCAAAACACAAA